AUGGCGCCUCCAACAUACGACGACGACGAUUUCGUCGACCAGUACGACGACCUUGAAGAGGAGGAGGACGAGCUGAGCCCCGAAGACAAGAUCGCCAUGCAAAAUGGCACAGCAGAAGUGCGCAAGGCUCUUGGGGUGGAAGCAGGCAAAGUCACAGCCGCGCAAAUACAGGAGGCACUAUGGCAUUACUACUACGACGUCGAUAAAUCUGUCGCCUAUUUGACAAAGACCUUCAUUGCGCCAGCGCCAAAACCAGCGCCAAAGAAGGCACCUGAAGGUAAGCACGGCGCGUUCUCUUUACCUGCCAAGCAAGCCUUGUUUUUGCGAACCUUUGGAGAAGACGAUGAAUCACCUGGGCACAAUGCAUAUUCCACCACCAUUUGCGACAUCCACCGUCUCGCUUGCGCGUUUCCCACUACAGAGAAGCCUCAGAUACCCCCGACUUUUUUCGACGAUAUGCCAUGGUUAGACAUACCGAGGGUCCGAGAAACCGUGUUUAUUGAGCCGCCGCACCCUCGUGGUGGGCUUAUGGGAGGUAGCGGUGCUGCUCCCAAGAUGUCUAAGCUUCAAGCCCUGGCUGCGCUGCGGAAGAAAAAGAAUGAAGAGAAGAAAGCUCAAGAAAAAGCCGUUCCGCUGGAAAGCGAAGUGACAAAGCUUUCUAUUUCUGAUACAAACAAAGAAAACAUUGGUCCGAUCUCAAAGCUCAAAGACCAAAGUUCACAACUCAACUCAACUGUGGCCUCUGUUUUGGAAACAGAGAAGGGAGAGACAACAUCAGACAACACCGGCGACUCUCUAGGGGAAGACACCAGCUUGCCAACUAUCACUGACUACAAACCCGAUACCGAUAUCAAACCUGAAGAAGCAAAGCAGGUGGUAGGCCACAGUCAUGCUCCUUCUGCAUUUGCACGGACGCUUUUCGGGUCGGCUUCAGAGGGAGAGGAAACGCGCAGGCGGGAUGUUUUCGCAAUGCCCUAUACCCAAUCACCUUCCUUUCUCGCAACCGCUUUCUCCGAACCCAGCCCAGACGAUAUUGUGCUCGCGGCCCGGGCCAAAGCGGGAAAGAAAGCUCCAGCGGCGGCGGCGAAAGCUCCCAAGAAGUCCCAAAAGAGCGAAGAUGCAUCAAAAGAAGCUGGGCUUGCAAGCAGCGUCUCAAGUCUCAAAGUCAGCGACGCCCCACCUCCCAAGAACAAAGGCCUCGAUGUUCUCAAAGAGUUUGAGCAGAGCGCUAGCAAGAAGAAUGCAAGCUUUGUAGUAGUCGGUCACGUCGAUGCUGGCAAGAGUACAUUAAUGGGUCGACUUCUUCUGGAGCUUAAGCUUGUGGAAGAGCGUACGGUGGAUAAAUACCGCCGGCAGGCCGAGAAAACCGGAAAACAGUCGUUUGCCCUGGCUUGGGUCAUGGACCAGAGAAGCGAGGAAAGAGACAGAGGAGUGACAAUAGACAUCGCCACAAACCAUUUUGAAACCGAAUCAACCAAGUUUACGAUUCUAGAUGCGCCAGGGCAUCGGGACUUUGUGCCCAAUAUGAUUGCUGGCGCUAGUCAGGCGGAUUUUGCCAUUCUGGUUAUCGACGCCAACACCGGAGCUUACGAGAAGGGUUUGAAAGGACAGACGCGAGAGCAUGUUUUGCUUCUACGAAGCUUGGGCGUGCAACGCCUGAUAGUUGCCGUGAACAAGCUCGACAUGGUUGGGUGGUCCCAGGACAGGUUCCAAGAAAUCUCAGAGGAAGUCUCCGGCUUCUUGACAGGUCUGGGAUUCCAGGAAAAGUCUGUCACGUUCAUCCCUAUAUCGGGCUUGAACGGAGAUAACAUUGUCAAGAGAACAGAUGAUGCUCUUGGGGCUUGGUACAAGGGCCCUACUUUAAUAGAGGGCCUAGAAGCCUCAGGACCGUCUACCGUGCGGUCUUUGAAGAAACCUUUUCGAAUGGCCAUUUCAGAGAUUUUCCGCUCACAACAAGGAACUACGACGCUUGCUGGUCGUAUCGAUUCUGGUACUAUUCAAGUUGGAGAUGCUCUGUUGGUGCAACCUAGCGGGGAAUCAGCGUACAUCAAGUCCAUCAUGCUCGAUACCGAGGCCAAGGAUUGGGCAGUGGCCGGUCAAAACGUCAGCGUUGCGUUGACAAACAUUGAUCCGAUUCACAUCAAGAUUGGUGACAUAAUUUGCCACACGACAGACCCUAUCGACAUUGGUGACACGUUUACCAUGAAGGCCAUGGCAUUUGAGCAUCUGAUGCCCAUGCCGGUGGAUCUCCACCGCGGCAGACUUCACGCAGCAGGCCAGAUUCAAUCAAUAGCGGCUCUGCUUGACAAGGCCACCGGAGAAAUCAUCAAAAAGAAGCCCAAGGUAGUACAGCCCGGAGGAGUUGCUCGUGUCUUGAUCAAGCUGGAGGCAAAGGUUCCUCUGGAGCCUGGACAGCGGGUUGUCAUCCGAAGCGGGGGCGAGACCAUUGCCGCCGGCUUGCUAGAGUAA